AUGUACAAUCCAAAUACAACCACAAGCAUGCAGGGAAAUAAGGAAGUGAUGCUCUCUGACUUUUUAGUACAGCAGCCACCUACUGAUAGUAUUUCGUCAAUUAAAUACAGCCCAAUGAGUGAUAUUCUUACGGCGUGUUCUUGGGAUGGGUCUGUCUACAUUUACAUGCCAACCAACCCAAGCGUGCACGAGUCAAUGGCUCUUAAAACAUCAAUACCGAAUCCAAAUGGGUCGCCUAUUCUGUGCAGUUGUUUUUCUAACGAUGGAAUGUACCUGUUUACAGGAAGUGCAGAUGGUGUUGUGCGUGCUGUUGACAUGGGCACAGGAAAUCUUUCAGAGCUUGGCAGGCACUCACUGGCCGUUAGUUCAAUGACAUUUACAAGCGCAAGAACUCUAGUCACAGGAAGCUGGGAUAAGACUGUUAAGGUCUGGAAUAUAAAUAACCCGCAGGCACCCCCAAAGGAGAUAUUAAUGGAGGAAAAAGUCUGCGGAAUGGACAGUAAAAUGAGCACUAUUACCAUUCUGCUGAGCAAUAAUAUUGUUUCAUACGAUGUGUACACCCUAGAGAAAAUACAAGUACCAACAAACAGCGCAUACCAGAACAAGCUUAGGCCUGGGUCCUCAAUGGGGUAUGGAACCAUCCAGACAGCCUCAAAGUACCAACUGAAAAGCCUGUGGCAGCUAAGAAGUGUUUCCUGCUCUAAUGAUGGACAGGAUGCAAUAGUAGGAACUACUGGGUCAAAAGCAGAGAUUGUUGCAGUGCGGCCAGGAAAUGGAUUAAGCACACUCUAUUACUCCUUUAGAUGCAAGCAAAACUCAUCUGAUCGAAAUGCAUACCCAAUUAACUCAGUACAUUAUCACCCAGCAUUCCCUAUGACUCUUCUCACAGCAGGAACGGACGGUGUAGUUAUGCUAUGGAAUAGACAGGCAAAGUGCAGAGUAGCCAUUGGUGGCCCUGGGGCAACCGCAACCUCAUCAGGAAUAGAUAAGUGCGUCACAGCAACAGCAUUUAACAGCACAGGAAGGUAUUUGGCAGUGGCUGUUGGGUACGACUGGUCACAGGGAUUUAAGUCGCAGAUCCCCACUCCUGUUGAAAUAAGAAUUCUAAUGAUACCAGAAGAAAUACACGCAAAAACAGGUAUGAGGAUAUAAUAAAGCAGUAAAACAUGU